UGGCCCCAUUUCUAAGAGAGUGAGAGCAGAAACCAACCAACCUCAACCUCAACAGAUGGUAAAGAAAAAAAGCUAUCACAUUACAAAAAGUCGCAAAGGGAAAGCUGUCCCUGCAUUGCUUCCCCUCUCAUUUCUUUUAAAUUUACUCAUCCACACCACCUUACAGCUAAAAGCACUUCCCCGAAACAGAUCUCUAUAUUCUGCACUUCUGAGGCUGAAAAUUUAGCACAACAUUAACCAUGAAAGGUAGAGAAGGCAAAGGCCCUCCUUCAGCUGAUUUGCUGGUCUGUUUUCCUUCUAGAGCUCAUUUAAGCCUAAUGCCAAAGCCUAUCUGCAGCCCGGCUAGGCCGUCCGAGCCGUCCACUCGCCACCAUCAGCACCGCCAACGCCAGCGCCAACGCCACCACAUGAGGAAAUCUAGUAUUAAUAGAGGUGGAGGUGGUGGUGGUGGCGGCGGUGGCCAUGCUAGCCCUCUCUUGUGGGCUAAAUCCAAGAACCAUAAUUCAGAUAUAUCAGAGCCGACAUCACCGAAAGUCACUUGUGCGGGGCAAAUAAAAGUUAGGCCUAAGCCAAGCUCAUGCAAGAAUUGGCAGUCAGUGAUGGAAGAGAUUGAGAGGCUACACAAUAACAGGAAACAGAAGAAAAGAUCUGCAUGGAUUGAAGCUCUAGGGUUCAAGAAAGAGGUGAUGCAAUUCUUGACAUGCUUGCGCAACAUCCGCUUCGAUUUCCGGUGCUUCGGGGCGUUUCCGGCUGCUGAAAUCACAUCGGACGACGAAGACGACGAUGAGGAGGACGACGAGGAGGACGAAGAUGACCAAGAGAGUUACAGAAAGUCGGGAUCUAAAGAGGAGAGCGAUCAUGACUCUAGAGCUGUUUUCUCCAAAUGGUUCAUGAUUUUACAAGAAAAUCAAGGAAAAGAAUUCAUCACAGGAGAGGAAAGGGAAGGGAAUAUAAUUAGGCCUUGUUCGGUUGAUCAUCAGGACGAUGAGGCUCCAAGUGCUCCACCGCCGAACGCGCUGUUGCUCAUGCGGUGCCGAUCUGCUCCGGCGAAAAGCUGGCUGGAAGAGAAGGCGGAGCUGGAGGAAAAAGACGACGGCGGAAAGGAGCAGGAAAAGCAGAAUUUGGUGGUGAUGAGAUGUGGAGCGGAUUUCUCCAAGUUUUCAAAUGAUAUUGCAAAGGAAACCUGGGUUGUCGGAGGAAUCAAAGACAUGCUAUCAAGAAGUCGGAGUUCGAAGAGAUGAUCAUCGAUCAAGAAUCAUCAUCAGUUAAGGUUCUUCAUAUAUAUGUUCUUUUCUUUCUCCUUUUCCUGAUUUUAUUUCUUGAUACUAAGAUUUAAAUUUUCUUUCUUAUGAAUAAUUGGUGAGUAAUUGGACUGAUUUAAAUUCUGAAUUCUGUGUAAAAACCUGAUCAAAUGUUCAUUGCUGAUCAGGUUUUUUCAAGGGUAUUUUUGUAUGCUUUUGCUCUGUUUUGAAAAUGUAUUACUUGUGUAUAGCAACAUAUUUCUUGACUUUUCUCAUUUCUUGCCCUCAACUUUACGACA